AUGGCUGAAGCAGUAGCCGCAUUCGAGGUUGUCGAGACGGCGGCACAAGGAGCGGCUGUAGGCGCAGUCGCUGUCUCACAGCCUACAGUCCCCAUCGUGGUCCGAUUUCACAAACUCACAUCACUUAGUCCGUCCUUAGGACUCUCAUCGCACUCGUUAACAUAUGUCAAAGGUCGGGCAUACAUUUUCGGCGGCGAUGGCGUUGGCGAAUCAGACAACAGCAUGCAGAUUCUCACAUUACCGUCGGAUCUCAGUAUCGGCGAUGUCGAUUAUCAACAGGUCAAGGCAGUCGGCAAACCUAACAGACCACUUGCGGCAUACUCAGAUCAGACCACACAGGGUGAAACAGUGGAUGCCUCGCGGCCGACACCGAUCGCAAGAUCGGCCCAUGCUGCAACUGCCAUUGAUUCGAACAUCUUCAUUUUCGGUGGUAGAGCACCUAGCAAGCCCGGCAACGAGAAGGAGGCUGCACUGAUCGACGAACAAGGCAGCAUACAUGUGUAUUCGACUCUAACCAACGACUGGACACUUAUGAUCCCUCGGAAGUCAUCAACUUCGACUGGCUUCCCCGAACCUCGUGUUCAUGCUAGUAUGACAAGCACAGUCCACCCAGCACCACAAGAGGCACUUCAGGCCAGUACAGAAGCGCAUGGCACCCUCAUUCUUCACGGCGGCUAUACAAGAGAGGGCACGCGACUUCGCGACACGUGGACAUUCGACGUCAGCUCACGAAUGUGGGCAAAAUGGCCAGAUCCGCCUCACCCUGCCGGAGAUGGUGUCGCAUACUCUGGUCAGAUUUACUGCACAGAAAGUCGACUAUGGCAUGUGGGCAGCUCUCCGGGUACAGUGGCUUACUUAGACAUCUCUCGUGAUGUGGCGGACGACUUCAGCGGCAAGACAGAACUCGGAAUCGCACCAAAGACAGGCCAAUGGGAGGUAUUGUCCUUUGCGAACACGAUCAACAAUUCCACUGAGAAGAAGCCCGGCUCCACAACAGGAGCGGGCAAUCUUCCUAUACCCCGGGAGGGUGCUGGCCUCCUACCCGUCACAUCUGGGGCAGGCCGUAGAUACUUGCUCUACUUCAUGGGUGAAGGCCCGUCCGAGUCCGACGAGCCCGAUUUGUGGACGUUCCAGACCGCUGCAGAGAAAUUCUCCCCCGCUGUGGUCAAGGACAAGAUUCGAGCGACAUUUGGGGCCAACACAGGUGAACACGCCUGGGCGAGGUGUGAUGUGGUGCAGGCCUCGAAGCAGGACGGAGAAAUCGAGCGUCCAAGCGGUGGCCUUGCUCGUUUUGCAGCAGAUGCAUGGACUGAUUUGGGCGGCGGAGCUGUGGUGCUUUGGGGCGGAAAGCUAGAGGGCGGCAUAAAUCAAAACGAGGGCUGGGUAUUGACCGUCGACUGA